GGGCAUCCUUUCCACGGGGCUCCCAAAAACAGAGCUGUCCCACUGUCCCUGAUAAGCCCAGGAAGUAGCUCCCUCUCCCAGACAGGGUGGGGGUCAAAUCCAUGCAUGUCCAAUUCCCACCAAAGCCCAGUCUUCCCGGGGCUUGCUGAAAUAGAAGGGUAACUGCAGACUCCCCUGGGAUUUGCCUGUGCGAGGGCAGAGAUAGACACAGAGUUUGAGACAGAGGUGAAUGGACAGGUGUGUUUCUUAGGGACACAGCUGAAAGGUGGCAAGAAGCUGGCAGCAGCCCUCAAGAGGGUCCUGGCACCAUGGACUAUGAUGAGCUUGAGCCUGAGACAGAAGAUGAGACUGAAAGCGUGCCAGCACCGCACAGCAGCGAUGAAACCCUCUACUGUGAGGCCGAAACCCUGCCGACUGUGGAGAAAGAGAAACCGCCCCGGGAGAGCUCAGAAACUGACCUAGAGAUUGAAGACACUGAGAGAUUUUUCACCACUGGACAAAAGGACCUAUACCUGGAAGCCUGCAAACUGUUGGGCACGGUGCCUGUCUCCUAUUUCAUCCGGAACAUGGAGGAGCCUCACAUGAACCUCAACCACCAUGGCCUGGGCCCCAAGGGUACCAAGGCUAUUGCCAUCGCUCUGGUGUCCAACACGGCUGUUACCAAGCUGGAGCUGGAAGACAACUCCAUCACGGAAGAGGGCGUCUUGAGCCUGUUGGAGAUGCUGCAAGAGAACUACUACCUCCAGGAGCUGAAUAUUUCCAACAAUCGCCUUGGUUUGGAAGGGGCCAGAAUCAUCUCAGACUUCCUGCAGAGAGACUCCUCUUCCAUCUGGAACCUUGAGCUUUCAGGAAACCACCUCAAGGAAGAAGCCGCAGAGUUGCUCAGCCAAGCCCUGUCGACCAAUUACCGAAUUAAGAGGCUGGAUCUCAGCCACAACCAAUUCUCUGAUGCAGGAGGAGAACAGCUGGGGCAGAUGCUGGGCAUCAAUGUAGGGCUCAUGUCGCUGGAUCUGAGCUGGAAUCACUUCCACGUGCGGGGAGCUGUGGCCCUGUGCAACGGUCUCCGGUCUAACGUGACCCUGAAGAAGCUGGAUCUCUCCAUGAAUGGCUUUGGGAACGAGGGGGCCCUGGCCCUAGGGGAGGUCCUCAGACUCAACGGCUCCCUGGCCUACCUAGACAUCAGCGGCAACGACAUCAGCAACGAGGGAGCCUCCAAACUCAGCAGAGGACUGGAGUACAACGAAAACCUCAAAGUCCUGAAGCUUUUCCUGAAUCCUAUCAAUAUUGAUGGGGCUGUUUUACUUGUCCUGUCCAUCAAGAAGAACCCCAAAUCCAGAAUGGAAGAGCUUGACAUUUCCAAUGUGCUGGUGACUGAGCAGUUUGUGAAAACACUGGAGGGGGUAUACGCUGUUCACCCGCAGCUGAACGUGGAGUACAAGACAGUGCAAGGCUUCUCUGCCAAGAAAACCAUCUUGUUGUGGAAAAACCCCAUAAAAGUGAUCCAGAACUAUGCAGACCAGCAAAAAAUCACGGUGGUGGACCUCCUCAAGAGCUUCAACCCCACUGGGACAAUGAAGAUGCAUGUGGGUGAGUUCCGGAAAGCUAUGACACAGCAAACCAAGAUCCCUCUGAACCGGCUCCAAAUCACAGAGCUGAUAAAGAGGCUGGAUGAGAGGACAGGCAUGGUGAACUUCAGCAGUUUCUUGAAUACGGCAAAGACAUAGCUGCAAGUCUGGUCUGGAAAGAAGUCUCGACAAGAGAAGUCCUGGCCAGUUGGACGGUGCCACGGAGGAGACCAAGACGUGGCCAAACAUCAAUGGACAAAUGCCAAGGCCAGGCCAGUGCAUGAGCAAAUAAAAUCCAGCUUGAUUCUGGG